GAAAACAACUUCAGGUGACAUAACUGUCAACAACAUUGUAGCUGACAUUUGACAUGGACGAUAUUAAAAAACAAAUAAAUCACUUAUUUUCAGCAUUUUAAACUCAUUUGGCUUCAAAAUCUACAUAAUACUAAUUCAAUUUUUCUAAAAGAAUUGCCCGCACUUGAUUGCAUUAUUGAGGUGGCCAAGUUUGUUUUGGAAGCAUUUACUAGAAUUACAUCUAGCUCUAGAGGUUUUUGUUACACUCGAAUAGAUAUUAAAUGAAAAUAAUGGCAAUUGGUUCACUGCUUAACACAUCGUAAUGAUUCCACUGACGAUUAACAAACUUUUAUUCUUCUAAUUAAUGCAAACGAAUGGCGACGUUCUUUCUAAAACAGACACUUGAUUGGGGAGGUAAACGGCAAACUCAAGAUACUUCAUUCACUACUCAGUCGGUAACAGAAUCCGUCCUUUACCGAUUGAAAUUGACAGGUGGUAAGGUGGGAAAUUGAAAUUAGAAAUGUUUUUGAAUAUGUUUAAAAAAACUGAUAAGAGUAUCAUAUAUUAUUAUAAAUUUAGUGCGUCACCAAUUUAAGUAUAACUAAUUCUGUUGUAUAAAUGUGAAAGAUUUAUCUUUAAAUAAAAAUUGAAUUAUAGGAGGAAUGUUUAGUUGUAAUAAAUCUUUUAUAUACUAGAUGGCAUACGUAUUCUUAAGAACUAACAGUUUCAGCAGAAAACAAGAAUAUAUAAUUGAAAUGUUAUAAACCUAAUUAUUGUUUGGUAACAGCACAUUCAACACUUAAAUUUUUGAAAUUAACAUUAUAAGUGGUUUUUGGGAACCAUUUUAUAUUUUUCCUAAUGCUAACUUUUCACGAUGCUCGUUCCCAACAAUUUUUAUUUAUAUGAUCCUUUUCUCUAAUCUACCAAGUUAUUGGAAUAAAUAAGGGAAAAGGAAAAAUAAUCGGCCCUAAUUAAUAGCUGAAACAGUUUUGCAUAAUAUACAAACGGAAUGAAUGAAUGAGUACCUAUUAUAUAUUUUAAACCAAAAAAUAUAUCAUAAUCUAAAAAAUUGUCAGUCUAUGCUGUUAUGAUUAUUAUUAAAAAUUAUUUAUAUCGACAUGAUUCCUUGAAAUAAUAGUAAUAUUUUCUUCUAUAUUAUACAGUAUAUUUUGGUAGAGUCGGUACUGUUUUCAAAUUAAAAUAAUCAUUUUAAUGUGAAAUAAUCGGAAUAGAUCAUAGUUUUGAAACUAUUUUUGCACAGAGUGAAUCAUUAUGUAAUUUUCAAAUUUCUAAUAUUCUAAUUCUCUAAUAACGAUAUUAAAUGCAUAGGAAAUGAAUAAACAUAAUUUGGUUUUAAAUAGUUACUAUGUCUAUAAAAUAUGUAAAAAUUGUUCAAAUAACCAAGACAAAUAUGAAGUUAAGAAGUUGAAUGACCUACUUGUAAAAGUUUCCUGUACCUCUAUUGUGAUAUUAGUUUCUCAUUUAGAAUAAUCUUGAGUAGAUGGCAUGUAUAAAUUAUUGCGUGAAUUUAAGAGGUUUGACAUAAUAUUGUAUAAAAGUGUCAUUUAUAUUAUGUACUAAAUACUUUGAUAGUUUGCAUUGGCCAGUAUAGUUCAAAAAAGCCGUAUGAGAAGAGGCCUUCGUAUUCAAGUAGGUUUAUUUUGAGUUGGUAUUUAGCAUAUCCUAUAAGAGGGAAAUAGACCGAGAGUUAUUAGAGGUAAAAAAAGAUAGAUUAACAAUAACGUCAAACAAGUAUACAAACAGAUCCCACGUGACAAUGGAAAGUUACGACAAACGUCAAACAUAGAUAUGAAAGUAAAAACUUGUUUACAAGAAACUAAAUAUGGUUGAAGAAAAUAGAGAAUUUAAAGAUGAGGAUGAUAAUGAAUAUAAGUACUUAAAACAAAAAAUAGACAGAGAAGACUACAUGAAAAAAUUGCAAAUAUGGCUGGACGAAGCAAGGUUAUUGCAUUACAAUAUCUGUUCUUAUAAUUUGGCAGAUGUUAGAGAAAGCUUUGGUCAGCGGUUUCCGAAUCCACUUAUUAAUUUACAAAACGAAAAUUUUCAGAAUGUGCUCCAUCAAAGAUUUUCGUUUCUGGCGAGUCAGAAUUUUCAAAAUCCAUUCCUUCAAACAGUUGGACAGCCAUCUCAAAGAACGAUACCAAGUACUUAUGAAUUUGUUGUACCACCAUUAUGGAAGAGAGCAGCAGCAGAGCUUAUGGAUUUCUUACUACUGUUAUUAUUUAAAGUUGCUAUGACCUUUAUAUUAUUGGAAAGUUUUGACAUAGUAGAUAUGGGAUUCUAUGGCAUUGAAUUUUUCCAAAAAAAUUUAGAUAGCUCUGAUGGCACUCUACCUAUGGCUGUGGAACUACUUACAUUGGAACUUUUACAUCGUAUGAUAGUAUGUGUGUAUGAGGCCUAUUGCUUGAAAGGAAAAUUCUGUGCAACACCUGGCAAAAGAUAUAUGGGAUUGAUGGUAGUAACAGCGGAAAAUAUAACACCUGUUCCCAACAGGCAAUUUGAAACAGUUUCUGUAACAAGACCAAAACCAUUGGGUUGGCAAAGAUCAUUAAUACGUGCUACCUUAAAAAAUCUAUUUGUAGGGCUAUUUUUACCAUUAUGUAUAGCUUUCUAUAUUUUUCCCCACAACCGAACCAGUUAUGAUAUUGUGUCUAAAAGCUUAGUUGUGGAAUACCACCACGAAUUUAUGAUCUACCAUUCCACUUUGUAGUUAUUUAUCAAAUAAGCCAAAUUCUAUGUGAUAUUGUUUUAAAAUAUUUUCUCUAUUUUAUCAAUAAACAUGCUCAGCCCAUAUUGUAUUUAUAUAAAUAGUAUUUCAAAUUAUUGUUAAUAAAACUAGUGUCUCGUCAACAGUAUGUAUAAACAGUAAGACACUAUAUUGGUAUUUACAUAAAGCAGAACGAUAAUAAAGGUGUAUGUGGAAAA